UCUUAAUGUUGAGAUCACUCCUACUGAAGCACAGUUCAGCUACAAACACUGAAGUGGUGGAGUCGUACUGUACACGGGAUGGUGAACUUUACCUUGAUAGCAGCUUUACUCUACACCGUCAGUUGGAUCUCUGUCUCAGUUUCUGAGAUUCUCACUGUGGAGGUUCAGCCUGGUGAAGAAGUCACACUGAUGUGCAACAACUUUACCAUCUCUCCCUCUAACAUAUUCUGGUACAGACUGAUCAGUGGAGCUAAUGUCAGUUGUAUCUCGUCUAUGAGCAGCUCUGAAGCCAAAGUUGUGCCCUGCAAUGGAUUUCACAGUGACAAAUUUGAUAUGACAUCCAACAUCACAAACCUUUUUCUGAACAUCAGAACUGUGGAUGUAUCUGACUCUGGGCUGUACCUCUGUGGAUGCUGUAAAAAAGGUUUCUCAGCACUGGUCAGUCCAACAUAUUUGAAAGUUCAAGAAAAGUCUGAGGAAAACACAAACCUGAUGGGUGUGAUUCUGGCUGCUCUGACUGUUUUCCUUGUGAUGGUCGUCAUCAGUCUGGUGGUAAAAAUCAAGAAACUUCAGAAAGCAGAUGAAGACAAAGAUCCUCAACCAAGCCAGAAUCUGGGCUCUGAUGACUUGAACUAUGCAACAGUGACAUUUGCUAAAAGAGGAGGAAGAAGAGAGAUGGAGUCAAAUAUUGUGUAUGCUGCCACCAGAUAAACGCAACUGCAGCUCAGAGUGAAACUGAUGCCUCCUCAGUCUGCUGCUUGUCUGAGUCUUGUGGUUGGGGUUGUUACCAUUACAACUGUCAGAAAAAUGCCAUUUUGCAGAGCAGAAAUGUGAUUUGUGUUGAAGAAUGAAAAAUAAAAACAUCUGUGUGUGUCCAGAGUGUCUGAUAGUGAGAGUCAGAGUGAGCAGCAGUGGAAGAGAGAGAGAACACAUCACUGGUUAGACAGGAAGAGACAACAGUGUGGUCUGAGGACAGCUGAGGUGGAAAUCAUGAGGCCUGUUAGCUCGAAGCUUUGAAAGAAGAAAUGUGAAUACUGGAUGACUUUUCUCUGUCAAACCGGUUAUGAAAAUGCAUUGUACAUACAUUUAUAUAGAUGCUUCUGCAUAACAUCACUGUAAUUCACUGUCUGAAUUCAAAAUAAAACUCAUCUUAAAAAGGC